AAAAAAUUAUAUUUAAAAGAAAAACAAAAAAUAUACCUGUGUUAAGAAACCUACUUACAGCUCAUUGGAAGAUAAACAUAACCUGUUUAAUAUGUAAUCAGUCGUAUAUACAUUCUAAGAGGAAAAUAAAUUUUUUAGUCGAAGUCUUACAUUAUGAAGUUGAAUAGUGAAAUCCAAAUAAUUGGAACCAAAAUAAUUUUAGUUCCUUACAGGAAAAAACACGUCGAAAAGUAUAAUUUGAUCACAUUUUGAGAAUACACCAAUAAAAGGCAUAUGAAGAUCAAAUUCUCAAUUUUUCUAGGUAUCAUGAUUGGAUGGAGUCAGAAGAAUUGCGAAAGCAGACAGCUUCAGAGCGAUUAUCUCUUGAAGAAGAGUAUGAAAUGCAACAAACAUGGCUAAAUGAUGAAGAAAAAUGUACAUUUAUUGUGCUGGAUAAAAAGCUCAUGGAGGAGAGUAACAAUGAAAUAGUAUCUAUGAUUGGAGAUGCUAAUUUAUAUAUACGAAAAGAUGGUGAAAAUGUAAUUGGUGAAAUCGGUCUUAUGAUUGCUGAACCAUCCUUCCGUUCAUGUGGUAGAGGAUCUGAAGCAGCUCUUUUUAUUUUAAGAUAUGGUGUUGAGAAUAUUGGUGUAAAUAAAUACCUUGCAGUAAUUUCGUCUGACAAUAAAACAAGCAUUAAUCUUUUUGGAAAGUUUAAUUUUGUUAAAGAGAAUGAAAGUGAAGUAUUCCAAGAAGUAACUUUAAGCCGAAAAGUUGACAGCGAAUGGAGUUCUUGGCUUAGGACACAAACACAAAGUUAUACCAUAGAACCUACUGAGCCUAAUUUCUGACUUAAAAAAAAAAAAUUAAGUCUUGCUGUAAAUAGAUUUUAUGUAAUAAAUAUACUUAUUUUUUAUUGAUAA